AUGGAAGUCUGGUGUGAUGUGGCCUGUGGCAACAGAGGAGCGUUGGAGUUUUUGUAUUUUUGUAGCAGAAGCAUACAAGAUUCUAGACUAGAGUACAUCUUUCUUUCUCGAGCCAAGGAAUUUGUGAACUUUGUUUGGUUCAUUGUUUCAGUUUCAGUUACUUUCUUUGUUAUAAUUGUUUCACUACAUUCUCCCAAAUGGAUAAUUGUCAGUGGGGGAAAAUGGAUAAUUGUCAGUGGGGUAGCCCGAAUUUUUCCAUUUCACAUGGAGCACCAAUCUGCAAUUCGCUGUGGCAUAUAUUAUCACAGGAGUAUAUGGACUGCAAAAGCUGUGGCGAGAUUAUCAAGGACAUGCUUUGAGCCUUAG